CUCAUCGAUCUAGCCAAAGCUCUACUCGCUUCAUCCUAGCCGCUCAGUCCGAGUCCGGCUCUCCUAAGCGGCACAAGUGGAAAACCACAGCUCCCGGACUAACCGACCCACGAUGUUGAAAUCUUCCUGCGAAAGAAAGUGGAAAUAAUAGAAAUCGCUGCAGCUUUUUAGUCUCCUGUGAUACUGAAUCAAAGAGCAAUCUUCCUCAGUUGGCUAUGUCCAACUGGAAAGAGGGCUAGGGAUGAAGCUGCUGAAGCUCAUGUGGAAUAACCCGUACCACAGAUGGAAACUUCUACUUUCCACAUGACUUACAUAUCAGCCAUCAUGACACUAUGGGAGAUGUUCACCUUCAUUUUCUUACAAGCCUUGGUAUUGACAAAGGCAUUUCGCAUCGUCAUGCUUGAUGUUCCCUCUCCAACAAUUUUGGGGGAAUCAGUCGAACUGACGUGCAGCUACGAACUAGAUGAUGAGCAACUAUAUUCAGUCAAGUGGUACAAAAACGAUGUAGAAUUUUAUCGUUACGUUCCAAAUGACUGGCCACCAGGACAGUUCCUUCCCUUGCCAGGAAUCAGAGUUGAUGUUGGCCCUGAGUAUGAGACAGAAUACUCCACAACAUUGCAUGCGGAUGGAUUGGAGACUUCCAGUUUGGGACUCAAGUUUAUAGUCAACAGCCAGCACUUUCGAAACGGGAAUAUGAAGCUCAAAUGCACGGCCACUAUUUCCCGUAUAUAUACCAUGAGUAAUGAAGAAAUGGUCUUUGGUGGAAGGCAACAAACAUCUGGACUUCAUAUAAGCGAAAACAUGAGCCGAAUGCGAGAUUCUGCAUCUCAGAAUCCUGCCGUAAGGUGGACAGUGGCUCUCUUGGCCUCCUGUUGUCUCUUGUUAUAUAAGUCAUAGAUUCACUAGACUGUUUUGUACAAUGUACAAUUUACGUGUUUGUAAAAAGUUUCAAUACUCAAAUAAAUAAAUAUAUAUCUAUAUAUAUCUAUAUAAGUUACUUUAGGAGAAGGUAAACUGCUGGUGUAAUUUUGAUACAUCGGUGAAAAAUGACGUCUUACUCUUUGGAAGAAGGGAAAUUUAUGUGCUUUUUAUAACUUUAUUGAGUAAUUAAGUCAUCGUCGAUAUCUGAUUCAACACAAAGAAAAAUGUAAUUGUACUAUUUUGCACUGCAUUAUAUCAGAGAAAGUACUCUGUGUGACAAUUUUGAAAUUGAAAAAAAAAACACACUGUCAUUUUCUCUCAUUAAAUUUCAAAGCUAAAAAUUCAGUAAUCAGUUGUGCACAAAAAUAAAUUAUGAAGAAAAUGAGAGAAAAUUCAUAAGGACAAAGUGUUACACUUAAAGUCAUUUACUUAAACUUUCAAAAAGUGCUGUAAAUGCAACCGGAUGCUGAUUUGUAUAAAUUAUCAAUAUUGAAUAUUGUUAUGGAACACCUUCUAUUGAUUUUCACCCAUGAAAAACGCUUGGAGCAAGACUCAAUAUAUUAUCCAUUACUUUAUAUAGUGAACAAAGAUACAUGGCUUGCAAGAGAGACAAUACAAAUUGUGAAUAUAAAUUUUAUAUCUCAUCUAUAGUUUGAACUAAAUGCAAUGCAAAUGCUAAUCAAUCCUAAUCAUUUUUAUUACAAAGUUUAUCUAAUUUUAUGUGUACCAAUCCAUAUAA